AUGGCGACUACGUGCUCCGAGGCGGAGCCGAGCGCGGACCCCCUCCCCCACCCACCACGCGGUCCCGGGCGCUCGGCCCCGCACCUCCCCCGCCCGGCGGCCGGGAGACAAAGCCCCCGCGACCGUUCGGCCGGCCCCAACGCCGGCCCGGGGGGCCCUCAGGGCCGCGGGCCCCGCACAAAGAGCGCGGCGGGGCGGUCGCGGCGCUGCCCGCCGUCUCCGGCCCUCUCUCUCGCUGCUCCACACGCAGCCGCCUCAUUGCCCACGCCAUCUAACCCAUGGGUCACCCCCCAAAGGCACAUGCCUCACGAUCCCCUCCACACGGUCCUGAUCCCGAGGCCCGGAUUGCGGAUACACACUCAGGGAAAUGGCGGAGGUGGGGGAGGGGAAGCGGGCAACGUUUACCACCACCACCCCCCUCGCCCCGCGUCGGAGCAGCGGCCAACCACCGGGCAACCCCCUCCAAUGCCCCCGCGAGCCGCCACACCGGGCUCCGACCCUCUCCCUCGCGCGACGCUCGCUCGGCUCCGUUCCUCACCGCGCGAGGCCGCCGUCCCUUCGCCGCCGCGCCGCCUCAGCCGGUCACAGCUAGAUAGAGAACCAGCGCGAGGCCCCUCCCCCGCCUCCCGCCCUCUCUCCCCGCCGUCGCGCCCGAUUGGCUGCCCCAACUACGGCGGUGGUGCGAGUGCGCGGCGAUUGGCUCACGGCUGCGUCUAUCCGGGCCACGGCGGCCACAACCCCGCCUCCCGCCGGCGCCUCCCUACGGGCUGUUAA